AUGUCUCGAGCUGUUCAUCUUCCAAUCCCCUGCCCUGUUCAACUUGGCUCAGUGAGAAGCGACUCGAUAGAAGCUGAACUGCAUGAAUGUGUUCAACAAGGAAACUACAUCAAAGUGAAAAAAAUUCUAAAAAAACGUGUCCAUGUGGACUCAGUGAACUCUCUGGGGCAGACCGCGCUCUUCACAGCCGCGUUAUUAGGACUCCCUAAGGUCGUCGAUGUGCUGCUGGACUAUGGAGCCGACCCAAAUCACCGCUGUUCCGACGGGAGCAGCCCGGUGCACGCAGCCGCCUUCUCGGCCCACCAGGGCAUCCUCAGCAAGCUGCUAGAUGCCGGGGGGGACCUGAGGCUCCACGACGAAAACGGGAGAACCCCGCGCGCCUGGCUCCUGUCGGCCGCAAAGGACCAAAGUGCCCAGGCGUUGGAGUUCCUGGAGCGCUGCGCGGCGCAUACGCAGGCCCUCGUCCAAGGCUUCCCCCGGGACCUGUUGCGGCGGGUUGACUGCCCCCAGAGACUCCUCUGCCCCCAGUCCAGGCUUGCCAGCAUCGUUCAAGGAAACCCCGACAGCUCUGAGAAUAGACCGCUGCAGUCAGGACUCAUUUCGUCAAAAACCAUAUACAGCUUUGGCUUUGGGAAGUUUUAUUUCCCCGGGGGCACCACCCGUCCGGCCUUCCUCAGCUCCGUGCCGGUCAUCGGGGAGAAAGACGUGCUUCAGGCCGAAGACGAAUCAACCUUCACUUUUUCCAGCGGACCGCAUAUGACCAUGACAAACUUAAUGUGGAGCGGCACCAGAGUCACCGUGAAGGAGCUCAAUCUUCCAACGCACCCCAGCUGUAGCAAGCUGCGCCUGGCCGACUUGCUGAUAGCCGAGCAGGAGUAUAGUAGUAAACUCCGUCAUCCCCAUUUGCUUCAGUUGAUGGCUGUGUGUUUGUCCCACAAUCUGGACCGAACUCGCUUAGUCUACGAAAGGGUCAAUAUCGGUUCCUUGUACAGCAUCCUGCAUGAGAGGCGAUCCCAGUUUCCAGCAUUGCAGAUGGAGGUUCUUUUACAGUUACUGCUUCAGAUGAACGACGCCCUGCGAUACUUACACACGAGAGGAUUUAUCCAUCGUUCCCUCAGCUCCUACGCAAUUCAGAUAGUAUCCAUGAGCGAAGCGAGACUUACCAACCUCGAGCAUGCGAUUGAAAGCGAGGAUGGCCGACGUCCCAGGGACCCGACGGGGAUCCCCUUGCCGACCCAACUGUUCAACUGGUCCGCUCCGGAAGUCAUCUUGCAAAAGGCUGCCACGGUCAAGUCGGACAUCUACAGCUUCUGUGUGAUCCUGCAGGAGAGUUUGACGGAAUCGCUUCCCUGGAACGGUGUAGAAGGCUCAAUUAUCAAAGAAGCCGUCCUCCUGGGGAAUCAUUUAGAAGCAGACGUCAGACUGGCCCAACCUUACUACGACAUCGUCAAGACCGGCAUACGGGCCAAGCCGAAAGACCGCUCCAUGAACCUUCAGGAUAUCCAGUACAUUCUGAAGAACGACUUACAGGAUCUGAUUGAAUCCCAGAAAGCUCAUUCCGCCGAACGCUCAAAUCUGCAGAGAUGCGAAAUCCAUUUGCGAUCGACGUCGAUUAAACAAAAAGAAGUCCUCAGGCUGCAAGUAGAAGCGAUGAAGGACGUGGGCCAUCAGCCGAAUUCACCGAGCCACCAGUCGGAUCUCACGGAAGAAGCCGUGCUCUGCCAUAAUGCCGUGAACUGUAGUCAGACGACCCUGCGGAGCCAAGAUGCCUCGUCUGAGCCCGAGGGGGCUUGCGGUGCCAGCUUUGAGGAUGAGAGCCUGCGAAGUUUUGAAAUAAAUGAAGUCUUUUCGCAGUACCUGGAGAAACGGGAGGAGGAUUCGGAAGGAUUCUCUCAGUCCGACCGCUCUCGAGACGAGGACGGAGCGGAAGACGGCAGCACCGCUUCGACGGAAGGACGGCCCGACCCCCCCGAGGCCGGCUGGGAGGGUCCCAGCCCAGUCGAUCAGCUCUCGGAAGGAGAUUCGGAGUCGGCCCUAGAAGAGGCCGAGCUCCAGAGUCAGCUGUCGGAACCGUCCGUGGCCUGGGGGACGGAGGGAGGAGCGAGAGGAAGUGGGGCCGAGAAGUCCAGAAUGGAGCAGUACAUCAGUAAGUCCAUUCUGAACUUGAAGAUCUCCCAGAUGUUAGUCCACCAGGCCACCGAUUCCCUCAAGAACGCCGAGUGGAAAAUCGAUCAGCUGGCGGCCAUGCAGGAACACGCCCAACGGCUUAGGUCCUUCUCCCAGGCCGCCCUGAGGCGGGGCGGCCUGCCCCGGCCGCCGGAGGCCGUGGGCCCCCCGAUGCUGGAGUACGCUCCUCCGGCAGUGCCGUCCCCCUCCGGACGUGAGGACCCGUUCCGGAGCCCCCCGAACACGGCCGGGAAGAGGAAGGCGGCCCGCGGGGACCGUCCCGGACGUUUCGACGGACGGUCUGGUCGAGUCCUCGGAGAAGCCAUGGGGGAACAAGCGGAACGAAGCCAUCGGGAAUUCUGCUGUUGUGCAGCGGGAAGGCAGAGAGACGUUACCAAGUUACCGCACUCUGAAGGAGACGAUGGCCUUUCCGUAAGAGGGAGAAGCCAAGGUUUUGUGAGGCCCGCCGUGGAGUUUUUACCUUCUGAGGUCCGUGACUCAAGGCUAAGAGGUGCUCGAGGCGCAGAGACGCAAUCCAGAUGGACGCGGGAGGUGAAAGAGAUGGCCGAGAAGGCCGCCAGCGGCCGGUUAGGAAUCGUUCCUCGGUACCGUCCCGGCGGCGACUCCACGUCGGACAGUGAGAUGGAGCCCGACCCUGGAGCCGAGCGACGGUCGGUUUCUAGGACCCCAAACUGGGCCAACUGGUGGCGGAGUGGUCCCCCCCGGGACCCCCGCAGUGACGGCCGCGACGAAGAAGGACCCUCAGAGACGGACACCGAAGAGGAGGGCGAAUUCAGGCGGCCCACCGGAGCGAGACCCCAGCCCCCACGGACGUACGAGGCGGCGGAACCGGGAGCUGCUUUGCAGGAGAGUUGGGGCAGGCCUGCAGGCGCCGAAAAGCUUUCCAGCGAGCAUUUCAACAAAACGACUUGUUCUUCAGCUUCUUCAGAGGAUAUGUCGGAUGAAUUUUUAACUCCCGAUCCAAGUUACCUGUAUCCCUCUACCACUCGAGAAAAUGUAGCAAAAGAGGCUUCAAUCCCUGAAGAAGAAAGAGAGGGAGACGAUGAGGAGGAAGAGAGAGAAGAUGAGGAGGAAGAGGGAGAAGAAGAGGAAGGGAAGGGCGAAGAGGAAGAUAUGGAAAUCACAAGGGAAAUCUGUAUCGGAAAAGAAAACCCUGGUAACCCAGUGUCAGGUGGGAAGAGAUGCAGAGUAGCAGGAGGAAUCCCUGGAAAUAAUUCAGACUGGAUCACUAAACUCCAGCCCCCAGCCGUUACAAGUUUCGAAGCUGAACCUGCGGAGACGUUGAAAGAAGAGUCGCCCAAGGAGAGGAAGGAAAAGGAAAAAGAAAUCUCUUUUACAGAUAUCCAGGAUUUAUCCAGCAUUUCUGACGAACGAGAUCAUUUGGGAAAGGAAGCGACCUGUCAAACGCCCAGAACGAGCCACGCACCGACUAGCGUCAGCACCCCGCUCGGCCCAGAAGAAACGGAUGCCUCCGCGGGCCAUUAUUUUGAUGAACUGCCGCCCCCGUCCCAGGAACUACUGGAUGAAAUCGCUGCAGAACAGAACCGUUUGGAAGAUAAAGAAAUCGAGGCCAAGGGGAAGGAUGCCAGCGACUUCUGGACAAAGGAAGCCCCGGACACGGCAGAAGAGACAGAAAGAGCUCACUCUACCCUUGACGAUGACUUAGAAGGGUGGCUGGGACCAACCGCUAAGAGCGAAGAGAGCCGCCAAGAUCCCCGAGAUUGCUCCGCAAGGGAGACGAAUAUUAAAGAAUCUGGAACGGGUGAAACGAAGAACAGAAAAGCAGGGAAAGGAAACGGAGCGGACGGAGGGAAAGCAGGGAGUCAUUCGGGGAUUUCCGAAGAUGGAGAAGAACACAGACAGAGAAUGUGGCAGCAACUGGGUUGGUCCCAACCCUCCAGGAUAAUCAUCCUGGAUCAGAGUGACGUUUCGGACUGAGCGAAAGGCGAUCCCGGAGGAGCGUCCAGCGACGGUUUUUCCUUGUCCCUUUUCUGUGGGCCAAGGGCUCUGUGAUCCACGACGAUCCUCAUCAGAUAAGUGGUCCUGCAACACUGAGACUUCUUUCAGAAGUGAUAAUAGACA